AUGUCGUCUUCAAAACCAGAACUUCCAGCCACAGAACCAGCGUACGAUCCUAGUCGCCCUCUGGCGGACGUCAAAUGUCUCUACAACCACCUCAUCCCAAACGCCCCUGGAAAAUCCGUCGUGUCCUACCUAAUAUCACAACCUCCCAACGGAUCCACCCCACCACAUACCCAUGCCGGUGCAUUCGUCAGCGCCUAUAUCCUAACAGGCCAUAUGCUCAACGGGAUGAACAAGGAACCGAUGGAGCUUCUGGGACCCGGAGAUAGCUUUAGUGAACAUCCAGGAUGCCAUCAUAGGCUUAGCGAGAACGCGUCCGCAACAGAACCAGCAACUUUCAUUGCGACGCUGGUGGUUGAUACGAAAACGGUGGAGGAGUUAGGAGUGGAAGGCCUGACGGUGAUUGAUGACGGGUAUUUGGAGAUAAUUGCAAAGGCACAGAAGAAGGUUUGA